CACGUGAAGAAGCUGUUUAUGGUGCGCUUGCUAUGGCGCGUUCCGUUAAUGUACCUUUCAUGCUAGUUUUAUUUUUGGUACUUUUCUGUAGUUCUUUUUCGGUGGUGUACGCUAUUCAAUCCAAUAUGAAAUCAGUUUACUGCACAAUAUCGAACAAUUGCGACUGUGACUUUAAUCCAGAUAUAAAAGGUUUAGAAUGGGACCUCUACAAAAAUGUAUACGGACAGCACCUAGCGCAGGAGGUGGUCUCGGAGGCUCUGGCAGGCUUCCUGCAGAUGGAGAGCCCCGAGCGGCCGCUGGUGCUGUCCUUCCACGGAGCCUCCGGGACAGGCAAGACGCUGGUCGGCUCCAUGGUGGGCCGCCACCUGUAUGGCGCAGCAAUGGGCAGCCCCUACAUUCACCAGUUCAUUCCCACCCUGCACUUUCCUAAGGCUGACCUGGUACAGCAGUAUACGAAGGAGCUCAGGCACUGGGUAGAAGGUAACCUCACCGCCUGUGCUCGCUCCGUUUUCAUCUUUGAUGAGAUGGAGAAGAUGCCCCCUGGCGUGAUCGACGUGCUGGUGCCUUUUCUGGGCCCCGACCACGUCCUGUUCCAGACCAACUACCGCAAGGCCAUGUACAUCUUCAUGAGCACGACUGGGGAGGAGAUCGUCAACCAGCUGACCCUUAAGACCAAGCUAAGGGGGCAGGAUCGGGAGGACAUCCGCCUUCGGGAUCUGGAAGCUUCCCUCGCACAAGCUGUGUUUAACAACCCGAACAGUGGAUUCUAUCAGUCGCAGAUCAUCCCAGAGAAGCUCAUCACCUUCUAUGUGCCCUUUCUGCCUCUGAGGCGGCACCAUGUGGAGCGCUGUGCCCGGCGAGAGCUGUGCCAGCGCGGGGCAUGCCAGCGCGCCGACGUAGCUGAAGCAGUGGGAGGUGCAGUCAGCUAUACCCUUCAUGACGGCCAGCAUUUCUCCAGCACUGGCUGUAAGUCGGUCAUAGCCAAAGUCAACCUCUUCCUUUGAGCCUGAAUUUUUUCGGAGGUGGGGGGGCAUCUCCCCAAGGCUCAGAGGGUGGGUGUUGUGGCGAUCCAUAAAAGCUCACCAGGCUCUGACUGAGACGUCUGGCAUCUGGAGCCCGGAGGCCUGUUUGGUGCCGUCUGCAUGGCCCAUCUACACCAUGUGCUGCCCAGAAACUGGCCCAACAUCCUGCUGUUGCCUUGUGACAAGCGGGGAGCUGCUGUCAGACUUUGAGAACCGCUACUGCAUGCAGUGACUGAAGCUGCGUUACACCCUGGUACCACCAUGUGGUCUGUCAUUUUUAUAGAAACAACCGGAAAUAGUCAAACCUUUUUGUCUUAAGUGCUAAUAUGGCUUAUCAGUCAGUUGUGUUUUAAGUGUAUUUUUUCUAUAGUCCACUUUGGUUUCUUAAGUUGGACGCAAAAUGCAUGCUAACAAAGCGGGUGAUUCGGUUUGCCGGUGAUACAUCCAUUUCUCAAAUAAUUUCUAUAGUUUUUCAUCCACACCAGUAAAUUGCAGUAAAUUUCUGUGAAAAACUCUGAACCGAUCACACUGCACUAAAGAGACGCUUUCAACAUGCCCCUUGUUGAGAUGCCUUGCAGUUUUCUGUUCGGACUACAAUCCAACUUAAUGCUACAAAUUACAGACAAAUAGAUUGACAAGAAAGGAGUGUUGUGGAGUAGAGAGACACCAAGUGCCUUUGCCCAAGUACAGUGGCUGAGAGUAAUUGAUUUUUAUGCAUUUAUCUCUUAUUUAUUUAUUUUAAUUCCUUUUUAAAGAACUGCCUCAAAUUUUGGAGCUGCUAUGGAAACACUGAAGCAGUUUUCGAUUAUUUGUUACGUUUAUGGUAAGGGAUAGUAAGCGCUCAUUUUUUGCACAAUCUCUUCUUUUGAUUUUAUGUUAAGGAACUUGAUGUAAUUUGAUCCCCCGAGUUUCUGUCCGAGAUGUACAAUUGUGUAUCAUAAACUAGUGUUGAUGAUGUUCAUAAGUGUUUCACCAGCUGAUGGUACCUCAAGGAACCCAAUAUGCCAGUGAAUUUAUUUAUGUUUACUUUUAGAUUAUUCAGUUUUUCUGGAAGGAUUAGUUGUCGUACUUUGUUUACACAGUGAGCUUAGCAGAUGCAGAAUGACUGAGUGACAGGUUAGGCAGAAUCACUUGUUUGUCUGCCCCUAGUUGCCCUUGGCUUGGUAUGAUGAAUCCACAUUUCAAUCUGCCCUGUUGCAAUAGUUGUGUGUUGCUUAACGGGAACUGCCCCCCCCCUCCCUUUCCUGUUGUGGUUGCCAUGGCUAUGUGCUGGAGAGACUGUGCCAUCUCCACGGAAGACUAGGUGUAUAACAGGUGGCACGGAGAGGUGGAGCAACCUGUAUGGUGAGAACUGCCACUGAACUUUUACGUCUGAUUCUUUGGUUUCCAAGAGAGAACAUGGUGAAGAAUCUACAGGCUGUAAUCUCUUCUGUUUAUAUUUUUAAAAGGUAAAGCCAAACAUGGUGAAAAGUCUGCUUUUAGCUUCAUACUUUAAGUGGUUAAGGUUGUAUCCUUAAAUAGCUGCCUUGUUAUUUUGUAAUCGAUAAACAAUGAAUAUUAUCACGAAAGCUUGAAAAUGCUUGAGGUCACAAAGACUCACGCUCACAUUCUAGCACAGACAUUGGUUGGGAAUUUCGCAGGAAUCCUGGUCCGACGUAGAAGUUUCAAGGACAUGGUGAGGGGUUCCGUAUUGGUCACAACUGUUUCCCAUGGACUUCAGGCCGAUUUUGGUGUCCUGCUGCCCCCCUGACCGCCCUCCCCCCCCCCCCCCCUCCACACAUGCACACCCCCUCCCAACUUUCCAUUACCACAUGAAUGCCAGGAUAAGGCCACUGCGGUCGUGGACAGCAACAGAAGGCAAGAGAUUUGCAAUUCAAUCCGCCACCAGAUCGGUACUGACCCGUCACAGGCCCUGACAGAGAGGAAUAGGGGGGGCGCCAAAGCAAGCACAGCUAAACCUGCCUCGGACCACUCAGGCCCUGCCCCCCAGGCACUUCUCACCAAGAGCCAAGGUUUAUUUGAAAUGUUUACAUCAAAAGCCUCUGAGACAAAAUUAUAAUUGAGAAAAAAUCAAGGCUGGUAUAUCAGACCACCUCUGUGUUUUACAGUGUUAUAUUUAUAUGUGUGAGUUGGUGAAUGGAUGAUAAGGAUCUCUGUAAAAGUAAACUCAUCACUGAUUCAAUGGA